UAGAAUGCCCCCUGGAGCAAAGGUCUAUAAAUUCUCGACCAGACUAAAAGAAAACGGGGAACAAAAAGAGGCGUUGAACAUUGUAUCUGCAGAAGAAGAAGAAGAAAAUGGUAGUAGUUGUGGGGCGGAGGUGCAGGAUAUGUAGAUUGGCACGUCGAAAUGUACGAAAAAAAAAAAUUUUUUUUUUUUUAAAAGAAAAGAAACAGUAAAAAUAAAAGACAACGCCCUCCCGUAAUGUCAGCACGCACGAAACGAACCAGAGGCACAACAACCGGAGAUUCGGAAAGAAUUGCGCAGAAAAUAUUUUUCCGUCCCUCGUAACCAACAAAAAUGCAUGACGACUAGCCCAGUCGCAUCCACAGCUAUGGUCUAUCCAAUAAGAAGAAAGCGAAUUGGCUUUUUAUUGUUUUGCGCAUCGGGAAAAAAGGGAAAUUCGCAAGACAACCGACACAGCAAAAAAUAAAAAAGUAUGGAGCGUUGCAGCCGAUGACCGAAAUUAGACGGCGGACGCUCUCAGUUUGUUAUAAGAAAAAAAAAGGGGGAAAAAAAAAAAUAAAGAAGAGAAACGGGUGAAGGAGAGCAGAGCAGCAAACACGCAAAGGCAGUCCAAGCAAAAGCUUGCAGGGCUGACUAGUCGCAAGGAAGAAGAGGAGGUAGGUUCUUUAAUACAGACACACACACACACGCAGAGUUCCAAACAUGACGAGCGGCUGCCGUUGGUCCCGAAGGCGCAGUGAGGCGCCAGCAGCACUCGCUCGCACACAUCAUCAUCCAUCGCUUGCGUGUUGAAAAAGGAAAGAAACGUGUCGCUAUCAAAAUCGCGCUAAAACUAUCGAGUGUGAAGAAACAGGUGAAGUGUCUGACAAGUGCUUCAUUUGAUGUCUUCGUUUCUGGUCGACGGAUCAGUGAAACUACAAGAAAAAUGAUUGGUUUGCAAUCACUGCUCAUCGUGCUGUCCGUGAUGAGAGGCGUUUGGAUGGCGGAGGUUGUUAGCAGCCGCACCGCGCCCGAUCGUCUGGGCUGCCUGGACGGCGUUAUUCGACAAGAGCAGCCGAUAAACCGCGUCAAUACGACGCUGAGACUGCAACAGCUGCGCGUCGCCAUGUCUGCCGUCAAAUUAGUCAGAGGAGCACCGCUCAAGGCCUACAUCAUCACUAGUGACGACGAACACCAGACUGAAAUGGUUUCCCCGAGCGACAAGAGACGCCAGUACGUGACGGGUUUCACGGGAAGCGCUGGAACGGCGGUCGUGACGCAAAACAUGGCUGCUCUAUGGGUAGACGGACGCUAUCACCUACAAGCCGAUCAACAACUCGACUGCCAAUGGAUCGUCAUGAAAUCCGGCCAGGAUCAAGUGCCCAGCAUAAGCGAAUGGCUCAAGUCCGUCCUGUCUUCUGGCGACCGCAUCGGAGCUGAUCCGAAGUUGGUCAGUGCCGAUCAGUGGCUGGAAUGGCGUUCCGAUCUCGCCGAAAGCGGAAUCAAAUUGGACGCCGUUCAAGCAAAUUUGGUCGAUGCCAUUUGGAAUGAGGACAACGGAAGACCUAAACCCAACCCUCGUCCUGCUUUUAUACACGACAUUGCCUACGCAGGCCAGACGUGGCAAGAAAAGGUGGGCGUGGUGCGAAACGAAUUGAAGGAGCUCGGGCUGGAUGGGAUUGUCGUGACGGCGCUGGACGAAAUCGCUUGGCUUUUGAAUCUUCGUGGCGCCGACGUGCCCUACAGCCCUCUGGUCAAAAGCUAUGCCUACGUGUCUUUGCAACAGGUCGUCCUCUUUGUCGAGCCGCUCAAAUUGAAAGUGGCGCCCAUCAGGGAGCACCUCGAGAGCGAUCGUUGUCCCCGUGAGCAGCCCGAUGACCUCUGUGUUGAAAUCAGGCGAUACGAGAAUGUGUUCAACGAUCUGCCCCGUUUAACAGCCAAAGCCAACUCCGUUCUACUUCCAUCGAGAUACGCCUACAGUGGAGGAGUCAGUUUCGCCAUUUACGAAACGAUUCCUGCAGACAAGAGACGGACAUCUCCUUCGCCAUUGAUUUUAUUGAAGGCGACGAAAAACGCCAUCGAAGUGGAGGGAAUGAAAAACGCCCAUAUGAAAGAUGCAGUGGCCCUCUGCGAUUUUCUCUCUCUUCUCCAAGAACAGGUGCAUGAAGGCAAGGUGCAAUGGGACGAGUUGAAAGUCGUUCACACGUUGGACGAGUAUCGCCAACAGCAGGACCUGAACCGAGGACCAAGUUUCAGCACGAUCGCCGCAUUCGGACCAAAUGGCGCAGUUAUCCAUUACAGGCCGUCGUUGGAAACCAAUCGAAUUAUCGACAAUUCCUCGUUUUUGAUAAUCGACUCUGGUGGCCAAUAUCUUGACGGGACGACGGAUGUGACCCGUACAUUCCAUUUCGGUCGGGCGACGCAGCGUCAGAAAGAGAUUUACACUCGGGUCUUGAUGGGAGCUAUCGACCUGGCCACACUGGUUUUCCCCGACUCGAUUGAUGACACCAGGAUUGAUGUUAUAGCUCGUCAACACUUGUACAGCGCGGGACUGGACUACCUUCACGGAACUGGGCAUGGCAUUGGUUCCUUUCUCAACGUACACGAAAGUCCAAUUCAGAUUCGUAUUUACGGGAAAGUUGGACAUCAUUUCGAGGAAAACUACUUCUUCUCUGAUGAGCCUGGAUUUUACCAGGAAAAUGAAUUUGGCAUCCGUUUGGAAUCUAUUCUGCGGGUGAUCAAUAAAACAUUUGAGCACCAACGAGACGGCCGUUUUUUGGGCUUUGAGGUGGUAUCAUUGGUACCUUUCGAUCCAUACCUGAUUGUGCCUGAGCUGAUGACAUUUAAACAGCUGCAUUGGUUGAAUCACUAUCAAGCCAUGGUGAGGAUCAAAGUAGGCGAAGAGUUAAAACGUCAAAACCGUAUGCGAGCUUUUUACUGGCUAAUGUCCAAAACGCGUCACAUUACCGAACCCUGUCACCGGAGUAAAAAUGGCAGUCCCGGAUCUAUCAACGCCUCGUCGUUCAUUUCCCGCAUCAUUAUCGCCGCUUUAGUUUCCGUCCAGCUAGCUGUCGCCCUAUUGAUGUCAAGUUAGCGUAACGCCUUUUGCCAUUACAUUUGCCAAAAUUAAAAUCUGCAAAACUUAUGAAAUUCUGAAAAAAUCUGGAACCCCUCGUGUUGAAAGGUGGAGUAAAAUGAGCAAUGAAGUAAGCAACUUUUUCAUUAACUCCUUUAUUUGAAAUUGAAAACCGACAAAUUUAACAUCUAGUUUAAAUGGAUGUCUCAAGUAACGUUCGAAUCAGUGUAUAGCUUCACCCCUCCCCCUUUGUUUUUUCUUCACAGAAUGUGAAUAGCGAAAUGUUUAUUUUCUUUAUGUUGCAUCACAACCAGAAUUGCAUUGAACAAAACACCGGAAAUGGUGAAUAAAUAAGCAGACAUUGA